AUGGAGCUCUCCCCGGCGGCGUCCGGAGGAGCCGAGGCGCUGUCCUGGCCGGAGAUGUUCUCGGGUCUGGAGUCCGACUCGCCGCUGCCCCCGGAGGACCUGGACGCCGCCGUGCCAGUCGGCGGGGCCGUGGCGGGUGGCAUGCUGGAUCGGAUCCUCCUGGAGUCGGUGUGCCAGCAGCAGGGCUGGGUCCGCGUGUACGAUGUGAAAGGGCCACCUACGCAUCGUCUAUCUUGUGGCCAGUCACCCUACACUGAUACGACAACAUGGGAGCGGAAAUAUUGCAUCCUCACAGACAGCCAGUUGGUGUUGCUCAACAAGGAGAAGGAGAUACCCACGGAGGGAGGUCAGGAGCAGCAGGCCGAUUCCACCAAAGGGAGAUGCCUGAGAAGAACUGUCAGUGUCCCUUCCGAGGGUCAGUUUCCUGAGUACCCACCAGAGGGCACCACUAAACUGGAGGUGCCAGCAGAAAGAUCCCCUCGCAGACGGAGUAUCUCAGGGACCAGUACCUCCGAGAAAACCAACUCCAUGGACACUGCUUACACCUCACCUUUCAAAGUACCAGGGUUCUUCAGCAAGCGCCUGAAAGGCUCCAUCAAGAGGACCAAAAGCCAAUCAAAGCUUGACAGAAACACGAGCUUUCGGCUUCCAUCUCUUCGCAAUACAGAUGACAGGUCUCGUGGGCUGCCUAAACUGAAAGAGUCCCGUUCCCAUGAGUCCUUGCUGAGCCCAUGCAGUGCAGUGGAGUGUCUGGAUCUUGGAAGAGGGGAGCCCGUAUCAGUGAAACCACUUCAUAGUAGCAUCCUUGGACAAGACUUCUGCUUCGAGGUUACCUACUUGAGUGGAAGUAAAUGCUUCAGCUGUAACUCCGCUUCAGAAAGAGAUAAGUGGAUGGAAAACCUUCGUAGGACAGUUCAACCAAAUAAGGACAAUUGCAGACGAGCUGAAAAUGUUCUUCGUUUAUGGAUCAUUGAAGCUAAGGACCUUGCCCCUAAAAAAAAAUAUUUCUGUGAACUGUGCCUUGAUGAUACCCUCUUUGCUCGUACAACCAGCAAGACCAAAGCAGACAAUAUUUUCUGGGGCGAACAUUUUGAAUUCUACAGCCUUCCACCUCUUCAUAGCAUCACAGUUCACAUUUAUAAAGAUGUCGAAAAAAAGAAAAAGAAGGACAAGAAUAAUUAUGUAGGACUAGUCAACAUCCCCUCUGCCAGUGUGACUGGUCGCCAAUUUGUAGAAAAGUGGUAUCCAGUGAGUACACCUACACCAAACAAAGGAAAGACAGGAGGACCUUCUAUUCGGAUUAAAUCACGUUUCCAAACUAUCACCAUUCUGCCUAUGGAACAGUACAAAGAAUUUGCAGAAUUUGUCACCAGCAACUAUACCAUGCUAUGUUCUGUCCUUGAACCAGUAAUUAGUGUGAGAAAUAAAGAGGAGUUGGCUUGUGCCUUAGUGCACAUUCUUCAAAGUACUGGCAGAGCCAAGGAUUUUCUGACGGACUUGGUGAUGUCUGAGGUGGAUCGUUGUGGAGAACAUGAUGUCUUGAUCUUCAGAGAGAAUACCAUUGCCACCAAGUCCAUUGAGGAAUACCUCAAGUUGGUGGGACAACAGUAUCUUCAUGAUGCCUUGGGGGAGUUCAUCAAAGCUUUGUAUGAGUCAGAUGAGAACUGUGAAGUGGAUCCCAGCAAAUGUUCAUCUAGUGAAUUGAUAGACCAUCAGAGUAACCUGAAAAUGUGCUGUGAGCUGGCUUUCUGCAAGAUCAUCAACUCUUACUGUGUUUUCCCUCGUGAACUGAAAGAGGUGUUUGCAUCAUGGAAGCAGCAGUGCCUGAACCGUGGGAAGCAAGACAUCAGCGAACGGCUCAUCAGUGCCUCGUUGUUCCUGCGUUUCCUGUGCCCAGCCAUCAUGUCUCCCAGUCUGUUCAACCUAAUGCAGGAGUAUCCUGAUGACCGCACAUCUCGGACUCUGACUCUGAUUGCCAAGGUCAUUCAGAAUCUGGCUAACUUUGCCAAAUUUGGUAACAAAGAAGAAUACAUGGCAUUCAUGAAUGAUUUUCUAGAACAUGAGUGGGGUGGAAUGAAGCGCUUUCUUUUGGAGAUCUCUAAUCCAGACACCAUCUCAAACACCCCAGGCUUUGAUGGUUACAUUGACCUGGGCCGGGAGCUUUCCGUUUUGCAUUCCUUACUGUGGGAAGUAGUUUCCCAGCUCGAUAAGGCGACUGUGGCAAAACUGGGACCUCUCCCUCGAGUUCUUGCUGAUAUCACCAAGUCUCUGACUAACCCCACGCCAAUACAACAGCAACUGAGACGCUUCACUGAGCACAACUCCAGUCCCAAUGUCAGUGGAAGCCUCUCCUCUGGGCUACAGAAAAUAUUUGAAGACCCUACUGACAGUGAUUUGCAUAAACUAAAGUCUCCAAGCCAGGACAACACAGAUAGCUAUUUCAGGGGGAAAACAUUAUUGCUGGUUCAGCAAGCCUCCUCCCAGAGCAUGACUUAUUCUGAGAAGGAUGAAAAGGAAGGUAGCCUUCCUAAUGGGCGGAGCAUCUCCCUCAUGGACCUCCAGGACACGCACGCUGCUCAAGUGGAGCAUGCGACUGUCAUGCUCGAUGUGCCUCUGCGCUUGACCGGAAGUCAGCUUUCCAUAACCCAGGUCGCCAGCAUCAAGCAGCUUCGGGAAACCCAAAGCACACCCCAGAGUGCACCCCAGGUCAGAAGGCCCCUGCACCCGGCCUUGAGCCAGCCAGGCAGCCUCCAGCCCUUGUCAUUCCAAAACCCUGUCUAUCACCUCAGUAACCCAAUCCCAGCAAUGCCAAAAGCCUCCGUGGAUUCCAGUUUGGAGAACCUAAGCACUGCCAGUUCCAGAAGCCAAAGUAACAGUGAGGACUUCAAGCUCAGUGGACCCAGCAAUAGCAGCAUGGAAGACUUCAGCAAACGCAGCACUCAGAGCGAGGACUUCUCCAGGCGGCACACUAUGCCAGACAGACACAUACCUCUUGCUCUGCCCCGGCAAAAUAGUACUGGGCAGGCGCAAAUCCGAAAAAUGGACCAAGCCGGAUUGGGUGCCCGGGCUAAAGCCGCGCCGUCCCUGCCACACAGUGCUUCCUUACGGAGCACGGGGAGCAUGUCGGUGGCCUCGGCAGCCCUGGUGGCCGAGCCUGUGCAGAAUGGAAGCCGGUCCCGGCAGCAGUCCUCUUCCUCCAGAGAGAGCCCUGUCCCCAAAGUGAGAGCGAUCCAGAGACAGCAGACACAGCAGGUUCAAUCACCUGUGGACUCUGCCACAAUGUCCCCAGUAGAGAGGACAGCAGCCUGGGUUCUGAACAAUGGGCAGUAUGAAGAGGAUGUGGAAGAAACUGAGCAAAAUCAAGAUGAAGCCAAGCAUGCUGAGAAGUAUGAACAGGAAAUCACUAAACUGAAGGAACGCCUGCGAGUGUCCAGCCGGAGGCUGGAGGAGUAUGAGCGCCGGCUGCUGGUGCAGGAGCAGCAGAUGCAGAAGCUGCUGCUGGAGUACAAGGCCCGGCUGGAGGACAGCGAGGAACGGCUGCGCCGGCAGCAAGAAGAGAAGGACAGCCAGAUGAAGAGCAUCAUCAGCAGGCUAAUGGCUGUGGAAGAGGAAUUAAAGAAGGAUCAUGCUGAGAUGCAAGCAGUUAUUGAUGCAAAGCAGAAAAUAAUCGAUGCACAGGAAAAACGGAUCGUGUCCCUGGAUUCGGCCAACACCAGACUGAUGAGCGCGCUGACCCAGGUGAAGGAGCGGUACAGCAUGCAGGUCCGAAAUGGCCUCUCUCCCACCAACCCCACCAAGCUUUCCAUCACGGAGAAUGGUGAAUUCAAAAACAGCAGCUGCUGA